CGUAAAUGUAUAUAUACAUCCCCUCUCGCUUACGCAGUACCUCUCACUGUCUCUAAAGAUCAACCCAUUUCAAGCUGCUUGUGUAAAAAUCUGACAAUGUCUCACUCGGGUGCUCAAGGCAGCAUUGGCAGCCACUCCGCCAUGGGGCUGCGUAAUCAUAAGAUUUUCCUCUAUGAAUUUGAAAACUUCCAAGGCCGGAAAAUAGACCUGUUCGGAGAGUGUCGUAACCUAUGCGAGAAGGGUUUCGAGAGAAUCGGCUCCAUCCGGGUUGAGAAUGGGCCCUGGGUGGGCUUUGAGCAGGAGAACAUGAUGGAACAUGAGAUGUUCAUGCUGGAGAAGGGAGAAUACCCCAGAUGGGACACCUGGUCCAACAGCUGCAGAUGUGACCGUCUCAUGUCAGUCAGGCCAGUCACAAUGGACCCCCAGGACCACAAGAUUUGCCUGUAUGAGUGCACAAACUUCGAAGGUCGCAAGAUGGAGGUGUGUGAUGAGGAUAUUCCAAGCCUCUGGUCUUAUGGCUUGCAGGACCGCACCGCUAGCAUUCAGGUCACUGGUGGAACGUGGGUGGCCUACCAGUACCCUGGCUACCGUGGUUACCAGUAUGUCCUGGAAAUAGGCCCGUUCAAGCACUGGAAUGAGUGGGGAGCUCACCGUCCCCAGAUCCAGUCCAUCCGUAGAGUGAGAGACAUGCAGACACACCGCAGAGGCUGCUUCGAGUUUAACGCCUAAAGCCGGUCAGGCUAUGGGCAAAAAGGUCACACUAACUGCAAGGGCCUUGCAAUUUCUUCACUGACCACUUUCCUGCACAAAGCACAUUGCUUCUCAAUUUUUUUUCUCGGAUUUUGCCAGCACUGUUUGGGAGUAGAUAAGGCUUCCUAAGUUGAUGUACUAUUGGUUAAAAAGGCCUAGGUAGUAAUGCUUUCUGUCUCCAGACUUCAUAUGAAAGAUCAUAGGAUUUGAUCAUGUUUUCUUGAUAGUUAGCAGUUUAUGUUUGACAUUUGUUGUGGUACUUUUCCAAAGCUUCUAUAGCUUUCAUUUAUAUCCACCCACAUAUGUGCUUCCAGAGCAAUGACAUACAUAACAAAGCAGUCUCCCAUAGCAUAAAGAUAGCUAAUGAUCAUUCCACCAACUGUAUAAUACUAUAUAUACCAUGGACAGCUCUCAGAUCAGCACAUGAGGCCCUGCAGUAGAUAUCCUUUCAGAACAACACACAGGACCUCUGGUGGCUGUGCAGGGUUGUACCUUUUGCAGACAUUGUCAUUUUUGGUCGGCCCACUUGAGGGCAUUUAUGGGUUCGCCAAGAAGACUUACAU